GUUCCCAAUCUGACCCACAAAAUGACGAUAGCAGAGUCUUGUGACCUUGACUCUUGCUUAGUAAAUAAGCAGCCACUGCCAUGUCUGCGAUUUCUCUGAUUCAGAACCACUCCAGCAGGGGGCAGUCUGCAUUUAUCAAAUUAUCUUACGCUCUUCCUCCUUCUCGUCACAUUGUCCAACAUGGCGGUGUCCAUGCUCGGGUUCUGCUGUUGUGUUUCGCGACACGCGUCCUGUAGCCUCCGGAGACGAGCGCGUCUCUUCCUCACACUCRGGUCUAAAUUUCACCGCUCUGCCGCUGCGUCCAGCGGACUGCUCCUGUCGCUACAUAAGCGCGGUGUUCUGAAGGAUUCUUUCCCAGAAAACGCAGCACAGGACCAACUUCCCCGGCUGCUCCAGUCCGCUCCUCAGACUGUAUACUGCGGCUUCGACCCCACAGCCGACAGCCUCCAUGUGGGCAACCUGCUCGCCAUUAUCGGCCUGCUCCACUUCCGGAGCGCCGGGCACAACGUCGUCGCGCUGCUCGGAGGGGCCACGGCGCAAAUCGGGGACCCGAGCGGGAAAACGAGCGAGCGCGAGCGGCUGUCCGCGGAUGUGGUGGGGGAGAACACCCGCGGCAUCCGGGAGAGCAUUCAGAGGAUUUUUGUCAACCACGAGGUGCUUUUCCACGACCGCUCGAGGCCGCUGGGCACCGUGAACGUGCUGAACAAUCGGAGCUGGUAUAAGAGCUGGGGGGUGGUGGACUUUCUGUCGGGGACCGGCAGGCACUUCCGGAUGGGGACCAUGCUCAGCCGCCACAGCGUGCAGUCCCGGCUGAGGAGCGCAGACGGUAUGAGCCUGACAGAGUUCACCUACCAGGUGUUCCAAGCUUAUGACUUCUACCACCUCCACCAAAUAUACGGCUGCAGGAUUCAGCUCGGAGGCACCGACCAGCUGGGCAAUUUGAUGUCCGGACAUGAGUACAUUCACAAAGUAAGUGGGGAGGAGGUGUAUGGCCUGACCAUCCCGCUGGUGACCAGCACCACCGGUGACAAGCUGGGGAAAACCGCCGGCAACGCAGUGUGGCUCAACAGAGACAAGACGUCCCCCUUCGAGCUCUACCAGUUCUUCCUCCGACAGCCAGAUGCCAGCGUGGAGCGAUACUUGAAGCUAUUUACCUUUUUGUCCCUGGAGGAGGUGGAGAAGCUGAUGGAGCAGCAGAGGGAGGACCCAAGCAAACGCCUCGCCCACAAACGACUGGCUGCAGAGGUGACCAAACUGGUGCAUGGAAAGGAGGGCCUGGAGAGCGCCAAGAGAUGUACCAAUGCGUUGUAUCACAGCAGCAUUCAGGCGUUGGAGCAAAUGAGUGACGAGGAGCUUCAGGAGCUCUUCAGGGAGGCUCCUUUCCAAGAAAUGUUUUUGGAGCCGGGGACCACGGUGCUAGACGCCUGCCGUAAGGCCAGCGCCAUCCCUGAUGGGCCCAAAGGGUAUCGGAUGAUUUCAGAAGGAGCAGUAUGGAUCAACCACAAAAGGGAAGACAAACCGGAGCAGGUCCUCAUCCCCAACAUCCACAUACUGUCUAAUGGACUCACCCUGCUCAGAGUGGGCAAGAAAAACUUUCACAUCGUCAAGUGGCUCAGCCUCUGAGGCUGCCCCACUGACUUACAGGGAAGCAGACUUUUGAGGCAGUGAACACAAGAGGGCGACAUUGCCUGUGUGGCCGUCCACGGAGCACCUAACGGGCCAUUUAUCCUACUGUAACCUUUCAAGUCAACAGCUGCUCACCGCUAAACUAAAUUGCAUCAUUUCUCCCAAAAAGCUUACGGUCCUAUUUUAAGCAAAUUAUUAUUUUUUAAAAUUGUUUAAUUAUGGUGUUUUGUUGCAACCCUUCCCGACCCCACUGAGGGACAAGGGUGUAAGAAAAUGGAUGGAUGUUUUGUUGCAGUUUAAAUUUUUUUUCUUCUUUUUACUUCUGUAGAGUGUAACACAACCUGCACACUUUAGGAGACAACAAUCUCAUGUUGGGGGGGAAAGACAGUUUAUGAUGCAGUUUGAGUUCAAAAAUAAGUUUUACUUAAAUACUGUUUAUGUAAGGUUUUUUUUUUUUCCCUGUCCAUUAUUGUUGCUUAAGAAGAAAUUCUCGCUUUUCUGCAAAUGUGAUUGUUUUUCUUUAUCUCUGUUUUUGGCAUUUGUUUUUGCAAAUUCUAAUUUUAAUUUUACAUUCACCAAUAUUUAAUAAUACAUUUAUCAAGUGCUUUCAGAGUGCUUUGCUGGCAAAGAACAAAAAAAUGGCAAGAAUGCACACAUAAUUAAAGAACAAAGAUACGAUCAAAUGUAUGUGGUUUUCUAUGCAUCAUGCGUAGUGUUUAUCAUAUAAAACGCAACCUAAAUAUAUUAACUA